AUGUCAAGAGCCAAGAGAAUUAUGAAGGAAUUGCUAGCGGUGAAAGAUGACCCAGCGGCAAAUAUCAAGUUGGAGUUCGUGAAUGAGUCUGACAUUGAACAUUUAAAGGGUUCAUUUCAAGGUCCUCCUGGAACACCAUAUGAAGGUGGCAUAUUUCUCGUUGAUAUUGAAGUGCCCAUGGAGUAUCCAUUUAAGCCCCCCAAAAUGAAAUUUGAUACAAAAGUAUAUCAUCCAAAUAUUUCUUCGGUAACUGGUGCAAUCUGUCUUGAUAUACUUAAGAAUGCGUGGUCACCUGUUAUUACUCUAAAGUCUGCGCUAAUAUCGUUACAAGCACUUUUGCAAUCACCUGAGCCUAACGAUCCUCAGGAUGCUGAAGUUGCGCAGCACUAUCUGCGGGAUAGAGAAUCAUUUAACAAGACUGCUGCAUUAUGGACGAAAUUAUAUGCAGUAGCAAAUGGUAGUACUGUGGGACAAAAACAAGUAGACGAAGCGCAGCUGUAUGGAAUUGAUCCAAAUGUGGUGGAAGAAUUUGAAUCUCAAGGAUUUGAGAAGGAGAAAGUUAUCGAUGCUCUAAGAAGGCUGGGAAUUAAGUCCCUAGAUCCAACUGAUAACGCAACUGUUAAUAAAAUCGUAGAAGAACUGCUGAAGUAG